CGCGCCACUCCCCUUCCCUGCCGCGGAAUGGAUGACAUGGCGAAGAUAGCUCUCGGCUUCGUCGUCCCAAUUGGUCGAGUUCAUCAGGUAUGCGGCGGUGGAGGAAGGCGAGCCCAUCAUGGAGCCAACCACUUUAUGAUGGGCGACCUUGUCAAAAUCGAUUUCGCCAACGAAUGCUUCGAGCGAGUGCAGCGGUGUCAUCUUUACUGUGCCAUACAAGGCCUCGGGUUUGAACCGGGCUAACUUAGCGGCAUUAAUCUUCACCAGCUCAUCUCUGCCCUCGAAGCAAAAGCUGAGUUUCGCAUCUGCCUCCUCCAACAACGUCAGGAGCUUUGGGACAAUGAUUUCGAACCCGACGUGCAUCGUUUCUGAUACACGCCAUUCCUCGAGCUGCGAGCGCAGCAAUAUGGCUGCUCGGUCAAUUCGCCUUUCGAGGUCGUCUGGAUGUACUUCCUCCCGGAGCUGCAGGGGUUCUACAGCAUGUCUUUUGAGGGAAAGCAGUGCCGCUGCUGUAUUCACAAUGCUGUCAACCUGAGAAUUUGUUUCUCUCCGCCAGCCGCCAUCGUCGGACUGGGUGAGAAGGAGGGAGCGGAAGCAUUCAGGGAACAGCCAAUGUUUCUGCCCUCCGACGGUCUUUGUGACCAGUGACACCCAAGCUGUGUCAUAGGUAGCACAGCUCAUCGACCCGUUGCCAUACUUCGGAUCGUGGCCUUUGAAGCUUCGUUUUAUCAGGAGUCUUGCAUUGAUUCCUAGGUUAGCGACCCCCGCGGGGUCUGCGUGCUGUACGCCCAUAUUUUCAAUUAAUAAACAAUGGAUACGUACGGGCUUGUCGAACCAUGCAAACGAGGGUACCGAACUCCUCUAUGUCAUCCUAUAUAUAAAUACUUCCGAUGAACCGGCAAUUGAACCCUGUCAGGAGCAUGCCUGUCUCGACUUGUUAUCUAUACCUCACGUUAGAUUCUCCGCUCAGCUGAAAGGUCAGUGGAUAUGGUUCGGUCUUCGGCCCGCAGUAAGAGAGGGGACCACUUGGGUAGCUACAAAUAAGAUACCCUGCCCAGGGCUCACUUGGAUCUCUCUUUCUCUCUCCAGGUCCAUGGCACUGCAAAACUCAAUGAUAUCCGGCCAUGUUUGCUCAACGGCAAGGCGUUUCAGCUCUGGACGAUGCUAUCCUAGCGUUUCUCGCAGGAGUAGUUGUCAUUGGACUCUCCAGCGUGGUCCUCUCUGGGUAUCAUUUCCUUUCUGCCCCAAACACCAGACGGAUUCCCAGAGCUGGCAAGGCUCCGGGGUGGUUUGGCCUGGCCAACGCCAAACGAGACUUCAUUGCAAAUGGGGCCAAAAUCAUUGAUCAGGGAUACCGCAAGGUGAGAAUGACGGACUGGGGGAGAGGCCUCGGUUGAGAACGCUCCUCAUGCUCAUCAUGGAUACAGUACAAGGAUUCUGCAUUUCUCGUACAGACGGCAGACAUGGAGCGGAUCGUGCUCAGCCCGAAAUACCUGCAUGAGAUCCGCAAUGCGCCGGAGUCGGUCCUCAGCCUGAGAGAAGGAAUGAGCCAGGUGGGUGGUCGACUGACAAACGAGUUAGCCUUACAUCCUUCGAUCUGCAGCUAACGGGUUUCAUCUAUACAGAGGCACCUGGGCAAAUUCACGACACUGGAUGUGAUCCUGACGAGCCACCUGCAAAGCAGUGUGUGUAAGACGCAGUUGACCCAGAAUCUUCGUAAGUAAUUAUGGAGUGACUGGUUAACUGGAUAAUUCGUAACUAGUUUAUUAACUGGUUAACUGUCAGACGCCCUCAUCACGCCGAUGAAUGAGGAGGCCCAGUUCUGGCUGGCGCAGCGGAUACCGAUCGACCGGCCUUCAUCCGCAGUUCUGGGCCACGACACCCUCCUCGGCGUCGUUGCAGGAAUCUCUUCGCGGGUCCUGGUUGGUCUGCCCAUGGGCAGGGACCAGGACUGGCUCCGAACCGUUGUGGGCUACACGAUUGAUGUCAUGCAAGCAUCGGCAGGCCUGCGUCCGUAUCCAACUCUGCUGCGCCCGCUCGUUGCGCCGGUAAGCGUUCCAUGAUGAAAGCAAGGAGGAUGCUGCCUGCUAACCGUGUCUAGUGGCUCAGAUGCAUCAAAAGACUCCAGGGACACUUGGACACGGCCCAUCGCUGCUUCGGCGACGUCUUCGCCCAGAGACUGGCUGAUCCAUCCAGGACAGAGGGAGAGCAGAAUGUGAUCCAGUGGAUGGCCGAGGCUGCCACCGGCGACGACAGAAACCCCGAAGUGCUCGUCAAGAAGCUGUUGUUCAUCACGCUCGCUGCCGUGCAUACGAGCACCAUGGCUGCAACCCAUGCGCUGUUCGACCUCUGCGUCAUGCCAGAGUACAUACCCCUGUUGCGCGAGGAGCUGGACGAGGUCAUUGCCAAACACGGCUGGACCCUGGCUGCGAUCAAUAACAUGCCGGUGCUUGACAGCUUUCUCAAGGAGUCCCAGCGCAUCAACCAUCCUGGGCUGCUCUCAUUCAACCGCAAGGUCCUGCAGCCUCUGCGCCUCUCAGACGGCACAGUGAUUCCUGCAGGCAGUUUCAUCUCGAUGGCAACCAGCUCCAUCGCCCGAGACCCGGAGCACUACCCAGAACCGGAGCGCUUCGACGGCCUGCGGUUCUACAACAUGCGUAAGGCGUCCAAUGGCGAUUCCAGCAAGCGUCAUCAGUUCGUGAGUACGGGGCCGGAGAACCUGGCCUUUGGCUUUGGCAAGUUUGCGUGUCCGGGGCGUUUCUUCGCCGCAGCUCAGAUCAAGGUGAUAAUGGCCACCAUCAUCUUGAGGUACAACGUCUCCUUCCCAGACGGCCAGAAGACACGGCCGCAGAACACUUUUGUAGGAGAAUCCAUCGGCCCAGACCGCAGACAAGUAAUUGUGUUUCGGCGUCGAAGUGACAUUUAA